CGAGGCAUCAGGGUAUUGAAGUGUGAAGACACCACUCAACAUUAUACUUAAUUUUUGACAUCACGCCUGCUUAAUAUGCAUAAUGCAAUAGUAUAGAUUUUAAAUAUAUUUUUCAAAAAGACACCAUAUGCUAGGUACAGUAGUGGUCUGACGACUUCAGGUGUCGUUGAGAGGAAGAGAAUGAAGUGUACUUUUUGUAAUGAGUUUGAAAACCGUCGAAUGUGUUAUAAUUUGUUGUAUUAUUUUCAAUUAAGCACUUUAAAUUUCACUGGUAAACUAUUACCUACUCUGAAUUAAAAUAUUUAUCUCAUAGAAUUAUUUUAAGUGUUUAGAAAAAAAGUCGGUUUAACUAGAAUAUUUUCUAAGUCAAAAUAAUAAAUCAAAAGGCUGACUGGCGCGAAGGUGCUCAAAUUCGAUUGGUCAAAUCACAUCUGAAUAAGGGCUGUUUGGGGCUCUUCUUUAUAGGCCUACCCUCUACUUCUCCUGCGUGCGUCUGUAAUCUUCUCGGAAAUGCUGUCCACGGCUUGAAAGUUGAAACGAGUGCGCAUCCUGUGUGGCUGGCGGCUGCAUUUCCGUUGAAAUAUAUUAUUAUAUUAAUAUGUAUGUAUGUAUUCUCCGAUAUCUGCUGCUUAAUUUUCUAAGCAUUUUUAUAAUAUUCGAUUCUGUAUAAUAUUGUGUUUCUAUCUCUCACUGUCGUGCCCGAACCCACGCGUUAUUACUUUAUCACCUAUAUAUUAUGCCUAAUGUUUAUUCAGUUGUUAUAAUUCGUGAGAUAUUUACUCCUGACAUCUGGGAUGUUGAUAUUACAAAAAAUGAGUACUUACUACAGCCUAUAAGAGUUUUUUACGUAACAUACCGCUUCCACCUCUGAAAGCCAAAGUUAAUAGUUGUAUGAAUGUUAUGUAAAUUACAUUAUUAAGAAAGCGGGACUCCAGUCCAUAGCAGUACCGAACAUUUUAUCAUGGUAGUACAAAUAUACAAUGUGUCAAAAGACACAAUAUUACAACUAUUUAUUGUCGGAGUUUUAUGGGGCAGCACAAAUCCAUUUCUGAAAGCUGCAACUAAUAAAGUGAAAAGAAAUAAGACAUUUAAUUUAAUUUCUGAGGUCACUGAUCAUAUAACCAAUUGGCAUUAUUUGAUACCAUUUCUUAUCAACCAAUGUGGUUCUCUAUUGUUCUAUUUCACUCUAAAAUAUUCAGACAUAUCGUUGGCUGUUCCUAUUGCAAAUGGAGUUUCAUUAGUGAGUACAUCAAUUGUAGGCACUUUGAUUGGAGAAGAAAAGCCGAAAUUGCGAACAAUGGUUGGAAUACUAUUUCUACUAUUUGGUAUUUUUUGUUUAAUUAUAGAUAAGAAAUUAUGAACAACAA